GUAUCGGUGCACAAUGAGAGAAUACGUGCUGAUAUUUCUAGUAGCCCCAGUUUUUGCAGCCAUCUUGGGUCCAUAUGAUAUUCCACCAGAGCUGCCACCUCUGAACGAUGAAAACUUUUUUGACCGUUCCCACUCUGAAUAUGAAACUGUGCUCACCCCAGAAGACUUUGAGCUCGGAACUCGCAUCACCGCUGCAAUGGCUCACGACAACGGCGACGACAUCUGGGAUUCGGAUGCCAUGUACAGCAAAGACAGAUUUGAAGGAGAUAUCGCUAAUGAUAAUCUCAAUGCUUCUACUGCUGAGCUUUUUGCGAAUGGUGGCUCCGGAAAGUCUGAAGACGGAAAGUGGUAUAACGCUAUCAAAAACCGACUUCAACUUUGGCCAGAGGGCAGAAUCCCAUACACGAUUUCGUCUCAAUACAGCUCUUACAGUCGUUCUCUGAUAGCUGCGUCUAUGCAAGAGUAUGCAUCACAUACUUGCAUCAGAUGGGUUCCAAAAGAGGCAGCUGAUGUCAACUACGUCCACAUCUACCCAGACAGAGGAUGUUACUCGAUGGUGGGAAAGAUGGGAGGAAAGCAAUCGCUAUCACUUGGUUCUGGUUGUAUUCAAAAAGGAAUCAUUCUUCACGAGUUGAUGCACGCCGUUGGUUUUUUCCACGAACAAUCCCGAACUGAUCGUGACGAUCAUAUCACAAUUAUGUGGAACAAUAUUCAAGCAGGAAUGCAGGGACAGUUCGAGAAGUACGGCCACGGGACUAUUCAGUCAUUGGGUACUGGUUAUGAUUACGGAAGUAUUAUGCAUUAUGGAACAAAGGCUUUCUCGAGAAAUGGACAACCAACUAUGAUUCCUAAGAAGAAUGGAGCCACUAUUGGACAGAGAAAUGGGUUCUCAAAAGUUGACAAAUUUAAGAUCAACACUCUUUAUGGAUGUCCAGUUGAAGGAGAAAAACCAACCACCUCCGCUCCAACAUCGGGACCAAUCGUUAUCACUGUGAAGCCAGUUGUUAUAACAACCGGAAAGCCGCCAGUCAUUCAAACAGUUUCCCCAGCCGUCCCAUUGAAGCCAAGCGAGUGCAGAAAUCUUAGAGGAGAUUGUGAUGACCUUGCUAAACAAGGAUGGUGCAUCAGAAAUCCAGGUUGGAUGCGUGCCAACUGCCCAAUUUCAUGUGGAAUGUGCAUUCCAACCAAGGAAACUCAGAAGCCAUAUGUCCAAACUACGACCCAAGCUGCGACUACAACCGCCAGACCACAAAAGCCAGUCACCCAACCAAUUCAACCCCUUCCACCAGUCCCGCCGCUUCCUCCAACUACCCCAGAAGAUUGUGAGGAUCUUCGUGUCGAUUGUCUUGUAUUGGUUUCUCAGAGAUACUGCAAAAUUUCACAAAACUUCAUGAAAUCUUAUUGUGCAAAGAGCUGCGGCUUCUGCUUCAAGCCACCUCCAACCGAGAUUCCGGAUAACCGCCCGACUGUGGUAACCACUAGACCACUAGUCACACUUCCACCAGCGGUCAUCCGGUCGCGUUCUCCGGCUCCGCCCGUUUCCACCACGACCAAGGCUGCUCCAACAACCAGUACAACUAGCGCAGCUCCUUACUCCCCAACUCCACUACCCAGCGAGUGCUCCGAUCGCAAACAUUUUUGCUCACACUGGAAGAGCGCUGGAUUCUGUGAAGGAAUCUUCAUGAACUACAUGAAAAAGAACUGCCCAGCAUCAUGUGGCCUUUGCUAAACGGUACCAUUCCACAAUUUCGAGUGCUUUUUCUUCUAUUUAUUUUUUCCAAAGCCCUUCCACCGAGUUGAUACUUUUUACAACUCUUUCAAGAGUAACGUCGUUGUUGGCGUAAGAUUUCCGGUUUUCAUCUGUCAUUUUCUCACAAAAAAUUCAUGAUUUUAUUAUAUUAUAUUUUUGUCCACCAUAUGCACAUAUUUUAUUUAUAUUAUUAUUUAUUUAUACAUUUUUGACGAACGUUUCGUUAGUUACUGAAUCGACAAUGCCGGUAAAAGAUUCAAUAAAAUAUGAUUUAUGA